GAACUCGAUUUGCUGUGCCUACCUCCGGCGCUUCCAGGAAAGCUUUCGUUCCCGCUUGGCUGGCCUCUACACCACGGAUGACAUGCGCUUCGUCGUCUACCAGACGUUGCUCUCGUCGGCGAUGUACGCAGCCGCGGUCUUCUCAGGCUGCACAGGGCGCAUGUCCUUGAAGACAGGCUUGGACUUUGAGAUCUGGGUGGCCCUCUUUCUGGAAGCGAUGCUCACGACGUCCAUUUGCGCCUUCCUGACCGCGCAGCCGGUGAACCCGAGCAAGGCCGAGACACGGAACAGUCACGGCGGUCUUUGCAAGUAG